ACAGGAGGCGCUGCUGAAUGCCGCAGAAGAAACAGCGGAGGAGAAAAAGAAGGUGUGAAGAAGAAAGACAGGAAAGCGGCAAACCGCGCACGUUGACUUAACCGCGCGCAAGCAUGGUGUGGUUCAUCCUAUGGAACAGUCUUCGCGCGUACGCACCAUACAUCGUCGCGCCGGUCGCCGCGGUGAUCGGCAUCGUCGGCUACAACGUGGAGUCGUGGGUGAGGAAGGGAGACCUGUCGACGCCUUACCGCGAUAGCAUCCAGGAGCAGCGUGAGGAUCGGCUGUUGGACGAACUGACGAGCAACGACCCGACGCACAUAAACAGCCUGAAGGAGAAGCGAGAGAUCCCGAGGACGGUCUUCCGGAAGAACGACCCGACGUUGUGACGUACUGGCGGACGCUCGGUGUGACGACGCGCUUUGAUGAGUGCGGUGAUGUCCGACCGGACCCGGACGUUUGUACGAACGUGUGAUACGGCUUCGUAGUUAUAAUAGAGUAAUGGUGAACGGUCGAAGUAUUAUCACUACCUUCUCCAGUGUGGUUGAUGUUUUAGUCAAUAGCACAGAUUGAUUGUCCUUUAGAAGGACAUAUCAUUUCGAAUAACACGACAGUGUUCCCUGUGUAAAUUAAAAAGUGCUCCACAAAUAGCUCAAGAGAGGAAGAUGACUUAAUAAAUUUCUAUCAUUUGUCAUGAAUAACUAAAUACGCCUAAUGAUAUUUCCUAUGUAUUUGUAAGGGCUUGUUUACGAUUCUUCUUAGCGUCUGUGUGAUAUUGUAGAAAAGGGUGUAACAGUACCUGUGAAGUGGUGUAAAGAAUAGGUGACAGCAUGUGACUCCGUUACCCAUGGCAGUGGGUAUUCAGAGGGUAUGAUUUAAUACCGCAUAAUACUUUCUCCACACUGUCUCCUUAUCUAUACAGAUAUAACGUGGUUAGCGUCGUUGCUCCACUUUUGGAUUGGUUCAAGCCUGGCUUAGGUUGUCUGAGCUGAAUCUCUAUGGAAAAUUCAUUAAACUCCACAGUUUGCUCACUCAUAAGGCUGACACUAACACCGAACCACCACAAAGCUACAUUACACUGAGGCAUCCCACAUACUAAUGAGGCAACACAGAUACUACUGAGGCAACCCAGAUACUAUUGAUGCAACCCAAAUACUACUGAUGCAACCCAGAUACUACUGAGGCAACCCAGAUACUACUGAGGCAACCCAGAUACUACUGAGGCAGCCCAUAUACUAUUGAGGUCCCUCAGAUACUUGUAUUGAAAUGAUUAUUUCGUGAUCAGUAGAUGUGAUUGAUGCUAUUAAUAAUAUCUGCGUGGUUGACGCAAUAAAUUGGAUAACAGUCA